AUGAGAUAUGUCACCCUUGGUUGUGCAUGUGGUGGGAAGGCCCGGAAUAAGGGUUUCAAUGUCACCAAUCCACGUCCGACAGGAAAAACGGAUUGUAAGGCAAGGAUUAAUGCCUUAAAAGUAGAGGAAAAAAUGCAGAUCACAACAAUUCAUAAUGAGCAUAAUCACGGCCUCAGUCCACAAAAAUCUCGGUUCUUUCGAUGUAACAGAGAAGUGAGUGAGGCCGUAAGAAGAGUCCUGGACACAAACGACUUAGCUGGCAUCCGAAUGAAUAAGAGUUUUGGAUCUCUUGUCAUUGGUGCAGGAGACUUCGAGAACCUCCAAUUUUUGGAAAAGGAUUGUCGCAGCUACAUCGACAAGGCACGACAUCUACGACUUGGUGCAGGUGGUGCUGGAGCACUUCGAGAUUAUUUUUUGAGGAUGCAGUACAAGAGUAACGGCUUUUUUGCAUCGAUAGAUUUAGACGAUGAUGGGAGACUAAAGAAUGUUUUCUGGGCAGAUCCACGUAGUAGGGUAGUCUACCAGUAUUUUGGUGAUGUAGUUACAUUCGACACCACAUACCUGACAAAUAGAUAUGGGAUACCCUUCGUACCAUUUGUUGGUGUAAACCACCACGGGCAGUCGAUUAUAUUGGGAGCAGGCUUGAUUUCUAGUGAGGACACGGAGACCUUUACAUUGUUAUUCCAAACUUAG